AUGUCAGGAAUUGAAGAAAAUGGAAGCCUUGACGAAAUCAGGGAGAGAAGAUCAGACUUUGAAAUCUCAGAGGAAGAUGAAAGACGUCGCUCUAAGAUCGGCAAUUUUAAGAAGAAGGCCAUUAAUGCUUCUACCAAGUUCACUCAUUCUCUCAAGAAAAGAGGGAAAAAGAAGAUUGACUAUCGGUUUCCUCCAGUCUCCAUUGAAGAUGUCAGGGAUGAAAAAGAGGAGACCGUUGUCCUUGACUUCCGCCGUAACCUGCUCCAGAGAGACUUGUUGCCUCCUAGACACGAUGAAUACCAUACUCUUCUCAGAUUUUUGAAAGCGAGGGAGUUUAACAUAGAAAAAACCAUCCAGAUGUGGGAAGAAAUGCUUAGAUGGAGAAAAGAGUAUGGGACAGAUACCAUACUAGAGGAUUUUGAUUUCCAAGAGCUGGAAGAAGUUCUGCAAUACUAUCCUCAGGGCUAUCAUGGAGUUGACAAGGAAGGAAGACCUGUCUACAUUGAAAGACUUGGAAAAGCUCACCCUGCUAAGCUUAUGCGUAUCACCUCCAUUGAUAGAUAUCUAAAAUACCAUGUGCAAGAGUUCGAGAAAGCUCUCCUUGAGAAAUUCCCUGCAUGCUCUAUUGCAGCAAAGCGUCGAAUCUAUUCCUCCACUACAAUACUGGAUGUGCAAGGACUGGGCAUGAAGAAUUUUUCACAAACAGCUGUAACUCUUGUGGCUGCCAUGUCCAAGAUAGACAACAGCUACUACCCUGAGACGUUGCACAGAAUGUACAUUGUAAAUGCUGGGACAGGUUUCAAGAAGGUGCUUUGGCCUGCUGCUCAGAAGUUUCUUGACGCAAAGACCAUUGCAAAGAUUAAUGUGCUAGACCCUAAAUCUUUAUCCAUAUUGCACGAAGUCAUUGAUUCAAGUCAAUUGCCGGACUUCCUCGGAGGUUCAUGCUCUUGCUUUGGCGACGGAGGGUGUCUUCGCUCUAAUAAAGGACCCUGGAAUGAUCCUGAAAUAAUGAAGCUCCUCUACCAUGGAGAAUCAUCACUCUUUAGGCAAAUCAGUAGGAAGCUGAGUGACCCGCAGAAUUCUUCAUCCUACAUAAGUAUACAUCCAUCAAAGGCUAUGCAAGCUGAGACUUCAGCAGCAGAGUCUGAAUCUUGUUCUGAUGUUCCUACUUCUCUAUCUGGAAGAAUGUGCUUAGCCGCUGCUCAUGUGAAUCCAGUUUAUGAGGAAGUUAGGACAUCAGAUGUUAACGGCUAUUAUAGUUGCGAUGACAAGUUUACCAUACCUAACGAAGCUACUAACCGAAAAGACCACCAAAUGCUGGAACUAAAUCAAACAACACUCAGUUUAAAACAUGAGACAUCUCCACCAGGUGCGUCAAUCAUACGAUGGCUUCAUGAUUUAAGGGGAACAGUCGACAUCAUAAGAACUGAGAACGUGGCCAAAAGAAUACUUACGUUGUUGCUGAAACUAGCAGCAGUUUUCCGUUGUAUCCCGUUUCAGCUUCUGAGGAGGAAGAAUACCAUUACUCCUUCAAGUCCAACGGAAGAUGAAAACAGGAGCAGCCUCAGCCCAACUACUCAUGCAGAGACCGCAAUGAAAGACAAGAUUCGUCCCUGUUUGGAACGUAUUCAGGAACUAGAGAAAGUGUACGAGGAAAUCAGGAACAAACCGGUUGAAAUACCGGUGGAGAAGGAGAGAAUGCUGAUGGAUUCUCUAGACAGAAUCAAAUCGGUUGAGUUUGAUCUCGUUAAAACAAAGAGGGUUUUGCACGCAACAGUGGUGAAACAGAUGGAAAUAACUGAAAUGCUGGAAAGUUUACGAGAGUCCCAACUUCAC